GUGGAACCAGCUGGACAUCCUCAUCGUCCUUCUUUCCAUUGUUGGUAUUGUUCUGGAGGAAAUGAAAACCAAUGUUAUCCCCAUCAAUCCCACUAUCAUACGUGUGAUGAGGGUUCUCCGCAUAGCCAGAGUGCUGAAGCUACUAAAAAUGGCAAAGAGUAUCCGUGCCCUACUAGACACUGUCAUUCAAGCCCUUCCGCAGGUCGGAAACCUUGGUCUGCUUUUCUUCCUUCUCUUCUUUAUCUUUGCUGCCCUUGGAGUGGAGUUGUUUGGUCGACUAGGUAGGUUUUUAGUCAACUAUCAUGAGAUGGUGUGCCAUUUAUUUUGGUUUUAUCCAUCGUCCAUAUACGAUAUGACAGGUCUGUAUGGCCAAUGUAAUAUGUCCCAAUGGUACAACCCUAACCCUGAUGUAUUUGAGGAUAAGACAGGUCUGUAUGGCCAAGGUAAUAUGUCCCAAUGGUACAAACUUCACCCUGAUGUACUUGAGGAUAUGACAGGUCUGUAUGUCCAAG